AUGAAGCGAGGCUGGUAUGCCAAAUUUGAAGCCUCCAAAGUUAUUGUGAAAGAAGGAAAUAAAGCGGACUUCUACUAUUUGAUUUUGUCCGGUAUAGCUGUUUAUCGGGACAUAUCUGUGAAUGUAGACGAUCACCACAAUACACAUAAUGAACUUGUCGCUUCAUAUCUAAAACCUGGAGACACUCUUGGGGAAAAGGAGAUACUAACGAACACGGAGCGGCCAGCCACUGUCGUCUGCAAAGAGCCAGUCGAGGUUCUCGGUGUUGAUAAAGAGGCUUUAAUAGAAAUAUUUAAAGCGGCAGGGGGUAUCGGCUCUAUAGAAUUUCUGAAGUGUAUACCAGAGUUAUCAGAUUUUCCCCUGGAAUUAUUACAGACAUAUCAUUUCUCUAUGGCCGUCCAUUAUUACAGGAGAGGAGCUGUCAUUGCUAAGAGUAGCAACGAAUCAGAAUGGAUCUAUAUUGUUAGAUCGGGUUCGUGCCAAGUUUAUAAAGCCAUAAAAGAAGGCCAUAAAAAGGAAAGACAUGUUCAUCCAGUAAGCCGUCCAGCGUCCAGCACCAAAAAGCUUUAUCGAGAAGGUUCCGGGCUUUUUCCAAACAUUCAUAGAAACAAAAAUGAUAUUUUAAAAAGUGCUUCAACAAUGGAAAUCAAUGAGGUAUCAGACAAGAAACAUAGAAAGAAGAAAGCACCAACUCUUGAGCGGUCGCUUACCAUGCUACCUAGUUUAAGUCCAGGGAAGAUUUCUUUAGUGCAAAGCUCAUUGUCAACAGAUACACAACAACCGUCUUCACCAUUAUUGCACGAGGGGAGUAAAGAGAACACUUCACCGAGUACGAGAAAGAAAUUUUCACACGUCUCACCUAAGGCGGCCAGAAAAAAGACUUCCUCCGAGGUACUAAGACUUUCCCGCGCCAGUUCAACUUUGUGUGAAACUCCUGAUGCCGUGAGAAACUAUAGACAAACUCAUCUAACGAGUCCUUCUUUAGAAACAUAUCAAAAUAAGAAUCAUAAAAAGAAUAGCACUUCAUCUUCCGACAGUGUAUUUGAUUCACGAAGAAGUUCGAACAAUUCCGAAAACGACAUGCACAAACAGUAUUCAAGUUGGCCAGAGGAUGUUUCACAAGUCGAUACGACAGGUUCCAUGUUUUAUGUUAGGCUCGGAAAUGUGUCGGAGAAAGGAGUGUUUGGAUUACAUCCGCUAGUUUAUAAUGAUAUGCCAAAUCUUAGCCUUGUGAGCAAUGGUGCAGAAUGCGUCCUUAUAUCUAAACAGUUUCUAAAAGAUCAGAUGACAACGAUAAUAGCUCAUAGACUUCGAAAUAAACUACCCCCAUAUCCAAGUUCUGGACAAUUAAGGAGUGCCCUAGAUGACCAAAUCAACUGGGAAAGUUACAGAGAGAAAGUUGUCAGUGCUGUACUGAAGUAGAUGUCCUUAUGUGUUGAUUUCAUGAAAUGAAUUAUGUGCAUAAAAGAAAAGGCGAUAUUUUUAGCUGACAAGUUGUUUAACAUUCCAAUAUUUGCAAGACAAUAUUUCAAUAAUUUGUAAGAUUCAAUGUAUUAAAAGAGGUGUCAAAAUAAAGGUUAAUUUAUAUAAUUCAAUGAACGAAAGUCUGUACACAAUAUAUGUGUCGAAAAAGUAUUUUUGUUAUGUAAUAUUUACUUUUGCAUUCGAAUUUUGAUUCAUAUGGCCUAAUAUUCAAUAUUUGUCGAGAGAAAAUAAACCGAAAAGAUGUAUCAAAAAACGUCACGUAUUUUGAUUGACAUAAUUGUUUUAACGCAAAGUGAAAUUUUUUUAUGACAUAAAUAUAAAAAAAAGU